AUGAAGGACUCGACAUGCAAGGAUGGAGGAAAACAAUCAUCAAAACGAGACUCGACAAGAGUAUCGACUCACACAACUUCAACUGAUCAAAUUUCUACAAAAUGCUAUGGCGAAACAGCACUAAAGCUUGUUAAAGAAGCAGUAAGAUCUCGAGAUAUGUCUACACUUGCAGUGUACAAGGACGACCUUGUACGAGAUAUUCUUUUGGAGACAAAACAUUUACAAAGUCAGCUUGCAAUCUUUGAAUCUACUAUUCAAGGUUUGAGACCCAAGGAUGUCAGUGUUAAACCUCUUGCAGCAAUUGUACCUCUUGAGACGGCUUGUACUUUGCAUACGUUGGCAUUGGCUAGAAACAAACGGUGUGUGUUGGCUUAUCAACGACAGAGACUGGAUCGUUUGGUAGAAAUGUUAUGGAAUGCACCGGGUGGUGCGAGCACGGCAUCCACACUUUCAGAUCAAGUCACUCAAUGCAUGUCAGGUCAUGAAGCCCAGUUUGUAAAUGGAUACAAGACGUUGGCCAGCGAGUUUAGAGGUUAUUUUUUGGAUUUGGAUUUGGGAAUGGGUUUAAUUCCUCCCAAUGCAGUCUUUGUUGAGAUUCGAGUAAUAAGAGAUUGUGGUGAGAUUGCCACGGAUGACGGAACCCUUCGACUUGAUCCAGGUGCUCAGUUGUUUGUACGACGAUGCGAUGUAGAAGAUUUUAUUUUGUCUGGAGAUGUAAAGGAAAUAGUAUCUUGA